GGCGGGAGCUGAGGCGGCGAUCGGUAUUUGAAGCUCGAGCUGCAGCGCUCCGCUCCAAGAGGAAUGCGUUGGGAUCGCCGGGCUCCUGCCAUUAUUUGAAAAGUAAUAUUUAAAAAACCGGGAUCACAGAACAAAAAAAAAACCCGUUCUGAGAAAAAUAAAUCGUGACAUGAUCGCCCGCGCCUUCAAUUGAUUUGAUUUAUUUUCUGAGGUGAUAAGCCGCCAGGUACUUUGUGUACUACUAGGUAGGAAGGAACUGCAGAUGGUGGCUUACACCGAAGAUAGACACAGAAUGCUCGAGUAACAGCGCUGCGGGACAGGUAGCAUCUCUGGAGAGAAGGAAUAGGUGACGUUUCGGGUCGAGACCCUACUUCAGAGUUUUGUUUUUUGCCCAGCACCUGCGGCGAUCAAACUGUCAACGCACCCGGCACCGGGUGUCCACGAGUGACAGAGCUUGUCGAGGCUGCUUUGGAAGGGUGAAUCGAGGGUCAGGAACAUCAACACGCCCGUCACGAUCAACAUCGUGCUGGAAGUCGAGCGGUGAAGAGAACUUCUGGGACAUUGAACAGCGCAGCCCGGUUUCACCAUGUCCGCGGACCGCUACUCGUCUCUGGACGAACCGGCACUCAGGAAACUGCUGGAAGUGACUGAUGAUUUUGAUGAACGUAAACUUAUUCGGUCCACAAUUUAUGAACUGAGGAGGAACGAAUUAAAAAGAACAGAGGAAACACUAUCCUCCAAACGUUUUCGUUCUGAAAGAACAAAUAAAUGCCUUGAAGACAAAGAGAAUCAUUUACGAUCUCACAGACAAGAAGAGGAUCAGAAAGGGUCUUUGGAUAAACUUUCAGGGAAACUAGAAUCCAUUAGUGACAUUGAUGAGCUAACAACAUUGCUCCGAAAUGCAGGUGAAUAUGAAGAACGUAAACUGAUUAGAGCUGCUAUGCGUAAACUUCGUGAGCAGGAGAUUGAAGCUGCAUCCAUUGGGGACAGGCCAAUUGGAAGACCAGUCCAUAAUGGAGCACAUGAGAUAGAAAAGAAAUCUACUGUUUACCGACAGGACAUCACUCCACAGACAGUAUGUUCAAACAAGGACCAUUUGGCGAAAUGUGAGGAGAAUGUUCUUCGAACGUUGGUAGUGGAUACUGAGGACCUGGAGCCCAGACCAAAGAUCCGAGCACAAAUACAAGAUCUUUGGAAUCAGAAGAACAGCAGUCACAGUGAGCUUGAUGAAAUGACAUCCAGCAUGGUUGUUGUCCAAGAUCCUCUGAAAAAUAUUGAUGAUAGUUCAAUGAAAUCUGUUCAGACUUUUCAACAAAGAGCAACAUCAUCUGUUUUGGAUCCUUGCAUCUGUAGUACUGUUUCUGACUGGGACACUGAGAGUGGCAAGGGUUCCAAGGGACUAUUGCCUGAAAAUCCCAGGACGUCUGAAUCCUGUUGGACAAUUCAGACCCAACCUACUGUAAAGUUACAGGAAAGGACUGAAAGUUCUUCAAGCAUAGCAGAAGAUGACGAUGCUGCUCUUAGGAAAAAUGGUUGCUCCUCGGUUAAUAACAGUAAGAACACCUUUGCACCAAAGACGGAGCCUACAGUUCUCCAGGCAGAGAUAAACUCCCAGAAUGGGAAGUUGACAUCGGUCCAGAAAAGGCUACAUUCUGACUUAAUUGACAAUAUCUCUCCUAUCACAGCAAGAAGAGCCAGUGAUAAGGAACAAGGGGAAACUCUCUUCACAGGACUUGAUAAAGUGAUCACAUUCAAAGAUAAAAUGCCAAGGAACACAGCAACUCAAUCCAAGCAGAAAGAGUUAACUGAAAUAGCCAUUGAUUCUUACUUGAAUAGCUCGCCUUUCAGGAGAACUAAUUCUGUACAAGACAGGAUGAAGAAAUUUACUGUGGACUCGUCCAACCAAUCUGCUGAACUUGGUACAAACUCUUCCACUCAGAAAAGAAACCAGCUGAAUGAAAGCAGAAGCAGCCGAAUUUUACAACGACAACAGCCAUUAUCAGGCAGCCCCGCACUGAAAAUUAAAGAAUCUGGAUCUUUGAGCGGAGAAACAUCUUUGAAGGGGAACUCUGUUGAUGUUAGGAAUGUGCAGGAAGUAGAUAAAUCUACAGCAAAAACAGAUAAACAGAAUGAACACUUACUGUCAGGUAGAAGUAAAAAACUAAACGGCUCAAGUAAAAGAAAUGGAAUCGAGCGGGAUAGGUCAGCCUCACUGAGAGAGAACACGUUCAGCUCUGAACAAGUGGAUCGAAAGGACUUUCCAAAAUCUGGUAACAAGUUGACUUAUAGCUCUUCCAAAUCCAAUUUUCCAACUCCAGAGGUGCAACGCCAGGGCUACUCGAGGGCAGCAUCCUCAGUGUCUUCUUCCGAGAGCUUGAUAAGUCAUCAAAACAGAACAGCAAUUCCUGUAGACGGAUCGAAUAAGUCAACAUUGCCCUUGUUUUCUUUUGAGAAGGAUUGCAAUAAGAAAUCAUUCAUGCAAAAGUCUGCGACUGAUAAAUCAUACAUCAGGACUCCAGGGAGGAGCAACAUAAACAAAUCACAAACAUACCAGCCUGCGUCAGAGAAGGACUCCAGUAAAACCCACACAGACAGCUCAGUGCACUUAGAACAACCUAGAUCUGCUGAGCCCUCAGACUUUCCUGCUACACCGAGCAGGCACUUUCAACAAAGCUUUUCCAGACAACCUGAAAGAGAAAAGCAACUGAGCAGCAACGAAAACAACAUGAAGACACUCAUGACAAUUGAAAUUAAGGAUGGACGGAAUCCCGAUCUUAUUACUACAAGGAUCUCUGGCACACCUUCCUCACAAAGGGGAGAGCUGACAUUUGGUUUGAGAGCGACACCAUUCAGAAUGAUGGGUCCGAGCGGCAUCAUGAUGGAGACAGAGCAAGUAAUGACUGAAGCAGCCCAGUCACUUCAGUUUGAGCCUACUCUACCCAAUGGGGUAGAUGAGAAAGAAAAGGAGAAUGCCAAAGAGAAAAGCAGCACUGUGGUUCAAGAUGAUCUGAGUGCUAUUGAAGAUGAAGAAGUCCUGGACAAAAUGCUUGAUCUAACAACCGACUUUGAGAAACGGAAGAUGAUUCGAGCUGCAAUGAGGGAGCUCCGGAAAAAGAAAAGAGAUGAACGAGAAAGAGAGCGUGAAAUGAGACUACAAGAAAUGAAACAGAAAACAGAGGAGGCAAAGAAAGCAAAGUCUUUAAAUACUGCUGAAAUGAUUGUAUCCAAAACAGAAAAAUCUGCAGACGGGAAGACUGUCACCUCAAUGUCAAAGACUGAGAGAAUCACUCAGUCAGGUUGUGGCAACAAAACUUUACAAACAACAACUGUGGAAUCUAGUGUUAUAAAGAAAACUGAUGGUGGAACAUCUGUCCUUCAGACCAAGUUUAGUUCCAGCAGCACUUCAUCCAAAAAGGUUGGCAGUGUUUUUGACAGAGAAGAUGACGCAAGAUCCAGCAGUCUAUUAGCACUUGAGAGGAAACAGGCUGAGAAACGGAAAGAGGUGUUGAGGUCACAAACACUUCCACGAACUUCAGGAUCACAGGCACGGAAAGCACUGAUUGAGAAACUAGAAAAAGAAGGUGGAAGUCCUGGAAAUCCAGCUUUUUCCAAAGUGAGAAUUCAGAGAUCUUCAAGCUGUGGUGUACCGAAUGCUAAUAGUAUUAAGCAGAUGCUACUCGACUGGUGUAGAGCCAAGACACGUGGCUAUGAGCACGUGGCUAUCCAGAACUUCUCCUCCAGCUGGAACGAUGGGAUGGCUUUCUGUGCCUUGGUUCAUAACUUCUUCCCUGAGACCUUUGAUUACUCAGAACUGAAACCCAACAACCCCAGGCACAACUUCGAGGUGGCAUUCACAAUGGCAGAACGGGUAGCUUCCUGCGAUCCUCUCAUUGAUGUGGAAGAUAUGAUGAUAAUGGGCAAAAGACCUGAUCCUAAGUGCGUCUUCACCUAUGUCCAGUCCCUUUAUAAUCACCUACGAAGGUACGAGUAACGCGACCUGGCAGAUAGAAGGCAGGGUGCCUUGUCUUUCUGUUUAAAAAAAUAUAUCCACAGCUUGCCUGUGUUUUCAGACAAUUGUCAAAAGACACAUACAUGAUAUGAGUCACUAUGUACUACAUUUGCACACUUGGAUUUUCUUUCUUUUAAAUGCAUCCAGGCAAGGUGGAAGAUCCAAGGGCGAUGUUAUUGUCUGUGUUCUGUGUAAUACAGAAUUCUAGCAUAUGACUUUUUAUUUCCAAAUCAGGAAAAAAAACUUAUAUAUGUACCGAGAAAGAACCUUUAUAUUGUAUAAUCAUCCACGUAUAUUUUUGCAGAAUAUCACAGCACUGAAAUAAGACGUAAAGGCUGCACAACAGAUUUCAGCAUAAGAGAAAGGAAAUUUAGAUAUAAUACUAAAUUGGAAUUUAGUAGCUUUGUCCGUAUGUCUCACCUCUCACUCUCCCCAGUCACCCGUUCCACAACAGACAGUUUUACAAGCAGUAAAAGGAGGCAAAUGCAAAUGAAAUGGCACAUUACGUCAACAUUCUGGUGUAUCUAUCUAACACAGCGUGCAGUGAUUCUGUGGAGUGUUCAUUUUUGCAAGGCAACUUCUAAAUGGACAAAUUAAAUUUAUUUUCAAACUAUAUUUUCAUCGUUCCCAUAUGCAGAAAAAUGAUUGGUGAGAAGAAAGUAAAUGUACAUGGCAUUUAGUUGUUAUACCGAAAACAAAGUUUCAGUAUUCCUAUCAGCAAUAAUAAAAAGGCUAAUUUAAUACAAAUUAGGGAGAGAUGUUUGUCUUUGGUAAUGAACACUAAAUGUGUGUGAGAGCAUCACCCAAGACCUGUAUCACCUCCACUACUUUAGUUCCAUUGACUUUAUUCGACCGAAAUGUGCACAGUUAUCCACUUGAUACUCGUACAUGUAAAGAACCUAAAAAAUAAUUCUCUCCAUUCCACUAAUGCAGCAGGCCGCAUGUUUGAGUAUUGAGCAAUAAAAUAAAAACUAAAGAAUGGAGAACGUCAUUACCUUUAACAGAAACCAACAUGAAGAGCUUUCUGUGCAAUCGAAUAUAGUUCAAUAAAUUUAAUUGGUCAUAUUAAUCGUUUAUUGGCCAUUCACAAAGAUUCUUUGAUGUGAUUUCUAUCCUCAAGUUUACUUGGCUGAAUCAAUUUAAUCAACCUUACUUUGAAACUAUCAAUUUCCACUGCAUCCCCAUUCAACUGUUUCAGCAGAAGCAGCAUUAUUAAUGCUCUUAUAAAUAGCCCUUGACUGCUGUUGAAUAAGUGCAUGUGGAAAUGGACAGUGUUACACUCGGAUGCAACUGCCACUUUGGAACAGGCUGUCAACAGUUGCAAAAAAUCAAGAAUAGCAACUUUUGGAUUUCUGCUAAUCUGUUGCCUAGUUACUGUGUGGGAGGUCAAGAAACACUCAUAGAAAUUGCUACCCUUUGAUUUUCAAUGUUAGGGUUUCUAUUCCUGGUUUCCAUAUGCUUUUUCUUCCUCUGCAUGGUAGUGUCCUGACCAAUCUGCGGCUCUUUUCACCAGUGUGUGGUUCAUCAGAGGAUUAUAUAACUGGUGUCAACAUGUAAUGUUUGUAAGGUUGGUACUGGAGGUGGGAGAAUGAUCAUUUUGCUUUGGAAUUGGCAAAUCGACAGAUAAUGCAAAUGAUGAGAUCUGCACUCUGCUGCUGUUUCUAUUUGCAUUGCAUGUCAUUGUAAUGCUUCUUUGGUAUAGCUCAUUCCCAGGCUGGUAUGUCUAGAAUCAAGAUCUGCAGUUGUCAAAUAUGGGCUCAGCCAUUUUUCACCCAGAGUGGUGAAUCUGGAAAGCCCAAGAGAGCGGUGGAGGUUCAGUCACUGGGUAUAAUCAAGUUAGAAGUGAAUGGAAAUUUGGAUAUUAAGGCAAUCGGGGGAAAUGGGAUUUGUCCAAGAAAAUGGCACUGAGGUAAAAGAUUAGCCAAGGUGGAGGCGGUGAAAGAUUUCUAAUGACCUGUGCGUCUAUUUCUUAGUUGUUUUAUGUUAUUCCUGGAUUAGGAUCUGUUUGGGAAAUAGUUUAGAAAUACAAGGUGAGAAAGUAACAAAUUAUUUUGUCAAUUAUACUUCACAAAUCCUCAGUCCCACAUGUGAAGUAAUUAAAAUGUUAAGUAAUUAAAUAAUAUUAAUUAACUAUUAAUUACAUAUUUAUUAGUUAAUAUUGAAACUAUUGAAGGUAAACCUGCAUGGAGUUUAAGACUAAACCUCCACAAAAAAGUUUGAUUGCAUUUAAUUAAUAUAACUGUUAGAGUAGAAUGUAAAUAGGGCAAACCAGAAAUAACUAUUGUAGACAUUGAUCAAUCUGAAAUUCUGAAAGAAUUCUGACAAAAAACUGCAUCCAAAAUAUAAAUGAGAACCUCACUUGUAAUACACUGUCUUAUCCACUCCCUGUGACUGCCACCACACACGCACUGCCCACCGUUCCUCUUGGAGUGAGAGGGUCUGAGAAGAUUUUUGUCCGGUUUAACUAUAGUUUUUUUAUUCUACAAUUAUGUAAAUUUGAAAUUAUGAUUAGCAUUAUGUUGUAAAGGAUUUGCUGAUUGAGUUGUGCAACCUUGGUGAUAUUUAUAAGCCAUGAGCAGAUUUCCUUUGGUUUGCUAGUGUUAAAAUAAGAGUAAGCAUAAAUGCUGAGAUAUUUAUCGUCCAUUGCCAUGCUACAUGCACCUCACAAGCUACUCACCUGCCCACUCUGUCAGACACCUCCUGCCUCAUCUGUAGUAGAGUCUGCAGUUCCCAUUUAGUCACUACAAACAUUUAUCGAACCAGAGUGGAAAUAAAUCAUUCUCCAUCCCAAGAGUGCCUAAGAAGAAUAUAUAAAUGCAUCAGUGACCAGCCUCUGAAAAUGGGUUAUUUUGAAGUCAAUCGAUAUAUAUAUAUAUAUAUAUAUACACAUUCUGGACACAAAUGCUUUUAAUACUCAGCCCAGCUUCUUCAAUUACAUUGACAAAAUAAAAAACAAAUGUUCCCCAUGGUCUGCUCUUUUUUUAAUCACUUAUAACUAACAAGAGAAUAAUCACCAGCGUUAUAACCAAAUCAUUACACGCAAACAUUUCAAGUAAUGUUACGGUUUCUGUCACACUAUAGCAGAGGGUUCAAAUCCCUGACACUAUUUAUACAAAUGCCGCGGGGCUCUGAUUUUCAAACUACUUAAACUGCUCAAUGUGUUUCUCUUUGUCAAAGAUAUUGUACGUGUGUGUUUUUGUAAUAAUCCACGUAGGACAGGCUGUAAAUCACAUGCAUAUUCACUGUAUCUAUUAGUGCCACAUUUUAUAUUAAAACAAACAGUGCAAUGUUUCUAUAUGUAAUGUAUGAAAAAAACUGCCACGCGUAUGUACAUGUCUGUGUAUAUUUUUAUUAUCCAUUUGGACUAUGUUUUCUUAUUAAAGUUAGCAUUAAGCUUGCUA